UUCCCCAGGAAAGCUGACGGGGAGGAGAAGGCUGGCGGAGCCGCCGGCUCGCCGCUGCCGCUGCAUGUGAGCACCAUGCGGAGGCCGGCAGCCUGCGGGCCCGUCCUGUGCCUGCUGCUCCAGCUCCAGGCGGCAGGAAGCUUUUCAGGAGACAAUGACCACUUCUUGGCAAUUCAUCAGAGAAAGAGUGGGAAACCUGUAUUUAGCUAUCACCACGUGCAAAGUUUAGAAAGAAGUUUGGACACAAGCAACCAGAAGAAUAACAAACACAAUUUCCAUUCCUCUUCCCACACCAAAGUCAGCAAGCUGCACCCUGCCAUCAUUGUCAAAUCACCAUUCCCAAGAUCUGCAUAUGACCCAUCCCUUAAUCUAUUGGCUAUGACUGGUCAGGACUUGGAAGUGGAAAAUCUCCCUGUUCCAGCAGCUAACAUUAUUGUUGUGACGCUGCAAAUGGAUGUAAACAAGCUGAAUAUUACAUUGCUUCGGAUAUUCCGCCAAGGAGUAGCUGUAGCUUUAGGGCUGUUACCUCAGCAAGUUCACAUCAACCGACUCAUUGGAAAGAAGAACUGUGUUGAACUAUUUGUGUCUCCAGUAAACAGAAAACUAGGAAUUUCUGAUGCACUCCCAUCGGAAGAGGUGUUGCGUUCACUUAAUAUCAAUGUUUUGCAUCAGAGUUUAUCCCAGUUUGGAAUUACAGAAGUCUCUCCUGAGAAAAAUGUUUUGCAAGGACAACAUGAAGCGGAUAAAAUCUGGAGCAAAGAAGGAUUUUAUGCAGUUGUCAUAUUUCUCAGCAUCUUUGUCAUUUUAGUAACGUGUCUAAUGGUUCUGUACAGAUUAAAGGAGAAAAUUCAGUUUUCAUUGAGACAAGAGAAGGAGAAAAAACAAGAGAUCCACCUUUCACCCCUUCGCCUACAGACAUCACAGUCUAAGACAGCAAACAGUAUGGUCCAACCUCAGCAGGCUCCUAAGGUUGUAAAUGUUAUAGUAGACCCUCAAGGCCAAUGUGCACCUGAGAUCAGACCUCCUCUUUCUGCCAAUCCAUCUCCUUUCAAAAUGAAACCCGUUGGCCUUCAAGAAAGGCGAGGAUCUAAUGUCUCCCUAACUUUGGACAUGAGUAGUUUGGGAAGUGUCGAACCUUUUGUUCCUGUACCAACACCUCGAGAAAAAGUAGCCAUGGAGUAUCUGCAGUCAGCUAGCCGGAUCUUGACAAGACAACAGUUACAGGACACAGUCACAUGUUCUCAUUUGCUUCAGACAGAAUUCAUGGAAAUACCAAUGAAUUUUGUGGAUCCCAAAGAAAUUGACAUUCCAAGUCAUGGAACAAAAAACCGUUACAAAACAAUUUUGCCAAAUCCGGUAAGCAGAGUGUAUUUGAAGCCAAAGAAUUCAUCUGACUCCUUGAGCACUUACAUAAAUGCUAACUAUAUUAGGGGUUACAGUGGCAAGGAGAAAGCUUUCAUUGCAACUCAGGGACCGAUGAUUAACACCGUGAAUGAUUUCUGGCAGAUGGUUUGGCAAGAAGACAGCCCUGUCAUUGUUAUGAUCACAAAGCUUAAAGAAAAAAAUGAGAAAUGUGUGCUGUAUUGGCCAGAAAAAAGAGGAAUAUAUGGGAAAGUUGAAGUCCUUGUUACCAACGUGCAAGAAUGUGAGAACUAUACUGUUCGCAACCUUAUAUUAAAGCAAGGGAGUCAGUCACGAAAUGUGAAACACUAUUGGUACACAUCCUGGCCUGACCACAAAACCCCAGACAGUGCUCAGCCUCUUCUGCAGCUCAUGCUGGACGUGGAAGAGGAUAGGAUGGCAUCACCUGGCAGAGGUCCUGUAAUUGUGCACUGCAGUGCUGGUAUAGGAAGAACUGGAUGUUUUAUUGCUACUGCCAUUGGUUGUCACCAGUUAAAGGAAGAAGGAGUUGUAGAUCUAUUAAGCAUUGUCUGCCAGCUUCGAGUGGACAGGGGUGGAAUGGUUCAGACCAGUGAACAAUAUGAAUUUGUGCACCAUGCACUGAGUCUGUAUGAAAGCAGACUUUCUGCAGAAGCUGUCGAGUGAAGCCAAGAAGGGUGACCAACAUGUAAAAUCUCUUGAGGUAAUUUGUUUCAUUACCUACCAGCAGCUUCUUCAAGGAGUUUACUGCAGUGGAAAGAGAGGCUUUGAAGCCACUUGUGAAAGGAUUGUGUAUGGUUUGGCAAAAGUAUAAAGAUUGCUGGACCCUUACUGUAUAUGAAUGUAUGUAAGCUUUCCAAAAAUGAUUUUUCAAGAGGGUAUUGUACCGAUGCAACACAUGGAUUUCACGCAUAUCUAAAAGGUGGAUUUAUUUCCGUAAUAACGGUAUCUGCCAUGUGGACUGUAUGUAUGUGCUACUGCUGCAGUCAGCUGGACACCGGGACUUCUACAGAAGAAAUGUUUAUCAAGUGUAUAAAUGCUUUAACGUUUGCAAACUCUGUCUUGUGAAUGGACUGUCAGCUGUUAAACUGUACCUGUUAAGUGCUAUUACCUAUUAUGUGGUGAGCUUAUUUCUUAACCACAUAAUGUUCUUGCUGCUAAAGUUGCAAGUGAUCAGUUAUGGUUUAAAAAAAGAUUAAAAAGUCUUGUUUUUGAAACUAUUCAAAAGCAGUUAAUAUUUUAUAUGGACAUAUCUGUUCUUCAGACUAUUAGCUAUUAAAUAUGUACUUACAGUAGGUCCACUAAAGCUGUAACAGAGUACAAUGUCUGUUAUUAAAUGUAUAUGUAUUUACUCUAUAAUGUUGAUUGUCUUAGAAACUGCUUCUGCUACAGACCUAAUUCCAGUGUAUUUGUAAUCAGUGUGAGACAUUUUACUUUUAAAAGAAACUUUGUAGCAUAUAUUAAAUGUUGGGAAUUUUAAAUAUUUGUCUGUCUUUUACUAAGAGGGGAUUUUUUGAAUAUGUUAUUUACCUGUUGUAUCUCUUCCCAUAAAGAGACCAUUAUCUUUGAAGAUAUGAACUGUUCCAUAAAAGAAAGUUAUACAAAAAUGAUGUUAUGAAUGUUUCCUUACAUUUCUUCAAGGAUUUGUUCUUAAAGUGAAACAGGAAACUGGCAUUAUUACUCACAGAGAUCACUGGGAGGUAUUCACACAGGUAUAAUGAGUUUUUAAUUGCAGUGAUGUUGACUUUGCUUCAUACUGCCAAUAAACUAUACUUGAUAUAAAAUA